AGAGAGGGAUGAUGAGAAGGACGAGUUCUUCGAUUGGAGAGGUAGAAGCGUGCAAUCAACAAGGCUGGGUGGCAUUAAAGCUGCUAUUUUCAUUUGCGUUGUAGAGGUAUUGGAAAACAUGGUGUUCUUAUCAAAUGCCUCAAACUUCGUUUCAUAUUUUAAGUCUUCGAUGCAUUAUCCAAUCGCAGAAGCUGCAAACAUGGUCACAAAUUUUAUGGGAACCUCUUUCCUACUCACAAUUUUUGGUGGUUUUAUCUCAGACUCCUUCAUUCCUAGGUAUUGGACCUUCAUCCUCUUUGGUACAAUAGAGCUACUGGGACUAGCCAUGCUUACAUUCCAAGCUCAAUACACAAGGUUCCAGCCAGCAUUGGGAAGAAGGCCGUCCAUAUCCGAAGCAGCUAUGCUUUACAGUGGACUCUAUGCAAUGGCCACCGGGGUGGGUGGGGUGAAGGCUGCAUUGCCGGCACACGGUGCCGACCAGCUUGAUCAUAACAAUAAGAGGCUCAUGAAUACCUUCUUCAAUUGGUUCUUCUUUUCUGUCGCUAUGGGUGGCAUACUAGCAUCCUCUAUUAUGGUUUGGGUUGAAGAUAACAAAGGGUGGAAAUCAAGUUUCAAAAUUGGGAUCGUCAUCUUCUCCAUCGCACUCUGCAUUUUUUCUGUUGGACUCCCAUUUUACAGACAUAGACGUCCAAGGGGGAGUUCACUAAGCAGGAUUUUUAAGGUUGCUAUAGCUACAGCACGGAACUGGAAAACACCAUCCCAAGGGAUGAUUACUGAGAAUGGCUUUCAUGGGAGAUCCCAUAACAAGUUUAGGUUUCUAAACAGAGCCAUAAUGGAUAACAAUAUCAGUCCAAACCAAAUUGAAGAAACCAAGACUUUCCUUGGCCUCCUUCCAAUAUUUGGAAGCACAAUCAUGAUGAAUUGCUGUCUAGCCCAACUUCAAACCUUCUCUGUGCAGCAAGGGAUCCUCAUGGACAAGAAAUUGUUUCAUAACUUCGAGAUACCGACGCCAUCCCUAGUGGUGCCUCCAUUGAUAAUCAUGGUUUCCUCUAUCCCCUUAUAUGAGCAUUUAGCAGGGAAUUUAUCUAAAAAGUUCUCUAAGAAGAGGAACCCAUUCGAACCACUCCGGCGGAUUGGUUUUGGGCUUGUGUUGGCAUCCCUAGCAAUGGCCGUGGCUGCUAUAAUAGAAGCCAAGAGACGUGCAGCAAUUGUAAAUGAUCACAUUACGCUUAAGGUCUACUGGCUUGGGUUCCAGUUCCUUUUCCUUGCUUUCUCCGAUUUCCUCACACUUGGUGGGAUGUUAGAGUUCUUCUACUCCGAGGCACCUGAUAGCAUGAGAAGUAUGUGCACUGCAUUGGCUUGGUGCUCCACCUCCAUGGGGUAUUUUCUUAGCUCUGCACUUGUCUCACUCACCAAUUCUGUGACUAAAUCGUUGGGCAAAGAGUGGUUGGGAGGGAUUGAUUUGAAUAACAACCGUUUGGACCUGUUCUACACUUUUUUCUGUGUUCUCAAUUCUCUCAAUUUCUUUAACUAUGUGUAUUGGGCCAAACGGUUUUGAGGAUUAUGGAGCAAAAAUAGAUAGUUUGGUA